AUGGUUGGGAUAUGGGGGACAUCUGGAAUCGGCAAGACAACAAUUGCAAAAGCUAUAUGGAAUGCAAUUGCCCAUGAGUUUGAAGGAAGUUGUUUCUUGCCAAAUGUUAGAGAAGGAAGCUUAGUCCAGCUACAUGAGACUCUUCUUGAUAAGGUUCUAGGAAAAAAUUGGAAAAUUCAGAGUGUUGAUGAAGGAAUCAGUGUUAUAAAAAAACGGCUGAGGCAUAAAAAGAUUCUAUUAAUUCUUGACGAUGUGGACCAGUUGGAGCAGUUAGAAAACUUGGCUGGAGAUGAUUGGUUUGGUGAGGGUAGUAGAGUAAUCAUUACUACAAAAGAUAGGGGAUUGCUAGACAAUCGUGAAAUUGAGUUGAUAUACGAGGUGAAGAAGUUAGAAUACAACCAAGCUCUUGAGCUUUUCAGUUGGCAUGCAUUCGGAAGAAGUGAACCUCCAAAAGAUUAUUUGAAACUCGCACAACGUGCAAUAGCUUUUGCUGAUGGCCUUCCACUAGCUCUAACAAUUUUAGGUUCUCAUCUUCGUAAUAGAAGUAUAGGACGUUGGCAAGUUAUAUUAGAUGGUUACAAAGGAGAACCUUAUACACAUAUUGAAAGAAUACUUCAAAAAAGUUAUGAUGCCUUGGAUGAUGACGCGAAAGAAGUUUUUCUCGACAUUGCAUGUUUCUUCAAGGGUGGAAAUAAGAACUCUCUGCUAGGAAUAGUCCCCAAAAAUUGCAUUGAAGUACUCAUUGAUAAGGCAAUGAUAACUAUUGAAUUCAAUCAUAGGAUUUUAAUGCACGACUUGCUAGAAAAACUGGGCAAGGAUAUAGUUCACAAAGAAUCUGACAGGACCCGCCUCGAAUUUCCCAGAACCCGAGACGAACCCUGCGGAGACCCCGGCAUCACACCCACGCCGGGUUCACUCCUUAAAACUAUGUCCUCUUUUACCAGAGAGGAUUUAGGGCACGAGACUUUCUGCCAAAAUUUCGGCAAAGUCUCCCCUGUAAAUUGA